AAAAAGCAGGAGUGAGGACUGGGGAGCCUACUAGGCAUCAGAUAACUGUUUUCAUGUAAUAAAGAAUUAAAAAUAGCUGUUAAAGCUCUUCUUGCGUGUUUUGGAUCUCUACAGCUGCUAUGGCGUUGCGAUCCUCGGGAAGAAAGCUCUCCUUCGAGAUUCUCAGCCGAACCAACUCUAUUGAACAAGAUGAACGCGAUGCCGCCUUCUUGUACCGAUCGAAGUCAUUUCCUCUCAGGAACGACGACGACGUGGAGUCCAAAUCUCACGAGAAUUCGCCUCGGAAGAGAAAGAAGAGGAAACAUAAGAAAAAGAAGCCUCUCGAACGGUAUCCUCCAAUCGCGGAAGAUCCGAUCGCCGACACGAACAGCGUCAUUGAUUCUAAUUCCGUUCCCAUUAUCGACGAUUCGAGAAGCACGGAAAAGAACAAAAACGGCUUCGAAUCGGAAUUGGAUUUCCAGAGGUACAGUGGCGCAGAGAGCGGCGUGUUUACGGUGACUGAAUUUGCAGAGGGGGAGAGCCAGAACGUGUAUAAUUUUGUGGAGUUGAGGCAGCGUAAUGUCAAUGGAAGUGGAAUUGAUGAGGCGGUGAUGGCGUCGCGGUUUCAGGGGAGCCUGACGGAAGAGAGUGGUGUGGAGGUGAGCUCCGGGGAAAAGGAGAAUCAACAAAGGAGAUGGGAGCCAAACGGGAGUUUGCUAACGAAGCUCCAGACGGCAGACUCAUUGGAUUGGAAGCGUCUGAUGGCCGAUGAUCCUAAUUAUCUCUCUUCAAUGAAGAAGUCACCAGUGAAGUACUUUCUGGAAGAAAUGUAUUCUGGAAACUCGUUACAACGAACAGUAGCUCUUGGCAAUGAGAAAGAAAGGGAGAGAGUUUAUGAUACCAUCUUUCGUUUGCCAUGGAGAUGUGAACUGCUAAUAGAUGUUGGGUUCUUUGUCUGCCUUGAUUCAUUUUUGUCUUUGUUGACUAUCAUGCCGACUCGAAUUUUGGUUACCCUCUGGAGGCUUAUUAGUACCAGGCAGUUCAAGAGGCAUUCUGCAGCAGAGCUGUUCGAUUUCGGCUGCCUUGUGGUGCUGACUUGUGGGGUUGCUCUCUUGGAAAGAACAGAUAUCAGUUUAAUCUAUCACAUGAUUCGUGGUCAAGGAACAAUCAAACUCUAUGUGGUCUACAAUGUAUUAGAGAUAUUUGAUAAACUAUUCCAAAAUUUUGGUGGAGACGUAUUGCAAACUUUAUUUAAUUCUGCAGAAGAACUUGCACGUUGCUCCCCAGAAAACACAUUAUUCUGGACCUGGAGAUUUUUCUCUGACCAAGCAUUGGCCAUGGUUGCUUCAAUUCUUCAUUCUUUCAUUUUAUUAGCUCAGGCAAUUACCUUAUCAACCUGUAUUGUUGCUCACAAUAAUGCAUUGCUGGCUUUGCUGGUAUCCAAUAACUUUGCUGAGAUAAAAAGUAGUGUCUUCAAGCGCUUUAAUAAGGAUAAUAUUCACAGGCUGGUAUACUCUGAUUCAAUAGAGAGAUUCCACAUUUCAGCAUUUCUCGUGUUCGUUUUAGCUCAAAAUAUUCUGGAGGCUGAGGGUCCUUGGUUCGAAAGUUUUCUAUAUAAUGCUCUCUUGGUUUUUGUCUGCGAAAUGUUGAUUGAUAUUAUAAAGCAUUCAUUCCUUGCCAAAUUCAAUGAUAUAAAGCCCAUUGUAUACUCCGAGUUUCUUGAAGAGCUUUGUAAACAGACUUUGAAUAUUCAAACUGAUGAUAAGAAGAACAAACUCACUUUCGUUCCUCUGGCACCAGCUUGCGUGGUUAUACGAGUUCUGACUCCUGUAUAUGCAGCACGCGUACCCUGCAACCCUCUUUUGUGGAGGGUAUUUUGGAUUCUCCUCUUGUUUGCGGUGACGUACAUCAUGCUUGCAAGCCUUAAAAUGAUUGUUGGCAUAGGUCUGCAAAAACAUGCAACUUGGUAUGUUAAUAGGUGCCAUAAACGAAAACACCAUCUUGAUUAAAGGAAACACAAUCGGAAACGACGAAGAUAUUUAUCCGGCCUGCUUUCCUAAUCGAAAAGACAGACAGCUUGGUUUGUUCGAUGCUCAAGUUUCCAUCAUCUCUGAUGGGGUGUUCCCUCAAAAUUUUGUCACAAAUAUGGAUUAUUACAGUACCAUGAUGCGUACUGUACAGGGAGCUGCAGUAUUACCCCAAAUAAAUGGUGCAAGGACAGCUGAAUAUAUUUUCUUGAUAAUUAUACAAUUUAAAAUAAGAUAUUUGUGUAUUAGACAAGAAGAUAUCAGCAAGGCUUGCGGUUUUUCCUGUAGAAAGGAUUUUGUAAUAUGAAAUAAUGUAUCAGAAUGUUGAUAUGAAUACAGUAAGAUGAGACACAGUUGGCAAGGGAACUCAUCUCGUCUUUCUGA